AUGGAUACGUAUAACGAGUAUCUUCUGGAAAAGAUAUGUGAAUUGUUUCCGCGUAAAGAAGCAGAGGUUUUUAUAGAGGAGAGUGAGAAGCAGAGGCCAACUACCAUACGAAUAAACACCCUCUUGAAACACAGGAAGGAUGUCUCUAAGCUCUUGCGUGGAAGAGGAGUAGAUCUUGAUGAUCUUAGUUGGACUGACAGUGGAUGUGUUGUCUUCAAGUCGUCUGUGCCCAUUGGAGCGACUCCCGAGUAUCUUGCAGGAUACUACUGUCUUCAAGGAGCUGCAUCCAUGCUUCCUGUUCUUAACAUGGAGCUCAAGGAAGGUCUGACUGUUGUUGACUUGUGUGCGGCGCCAGGAGGGAAGACAACGCACAUUGCUGCAUUGAUGGAGAAUACUGGGAUAAUAUAUGCAAAUGAUGUGAAUGAAGACAGGAUGGCAGGAUUGAAAAGCAAUAUACAGAGGAUGGGUGUUCGAAACUGCAUAGUGAUGAACAUGGAUGGAAGAAAGGUGAAUGUUGGAAAAGUGGACAGGGUUUUAUUGGAUGCCCCCUGUUCUGGAACCGGGGUGAUAUCGAAGGACCCUUCUGUGAAGACUACCAGAACAAGAAGUGAAAUAGAUAGAAUGGCCACACUACAGAAAGAGCUUAUACUCCAUGGAUUUGAGAUGUUAAGGCCUGGGGGGAUAUUGAUGUAUUCUACAUGCUCUGUGCUUGUCAAGGAAAACGAGGAGGUUGUUAACUAUCUUCUCACGAAAUGCCCCUCUGCUAAAAUGGCCCAGUGCGAGGUCGACAUUGGAAAGGAUGGAUUCAUGAGCUUCAAGGGAAGGAACUACAAUGGGUCGCUUAAGAUGGCCAGAAGAAUUUACCCACAUGUUCAUAAUAUGGACGGGUUUUUCUAUGCAAAGAUCGUGAAAAAAAAUUAA